AUGUCUUCUUGUUGUGUGCCACCCCCUCCCGACCAAAUAGAUGCAAACAUUAUAUCUAUUCAAUUGGACUUUUUAAAAGAUAACGUCCCCAUCCAUGUAGGUGACCCCAUCACUUGUUCCCAUUGCAACUCGAUAUUCUCUUAUUUGGAUAAAAUAGAGAACUUGUCGUGGAAAUGCAAGUUUUGUGGGACGGAGAACAAAAUUGCUGAUGUCCUUCCCGAAGAACUUCCCGACACACAAACAGUCGACUACAUCUUAGAAGCUCCCGUUGAACAAAAGACAGCAGAAACAGCAGAAGACUCGACUUUAGUGUAUUGUAUCGACACUUCUGGCUCGAUGAGCAUUAAUGUCGACUCCAAUUUUGGGCGGAUGCAGACCCGUCUUGAUGUCGUCAAAAGUGCUUUAAAAUCGCAGAUCAAGGCGCUUUCAGCAACCAAGCCAAACACCAAAAUCUGCUUAGUCCAAUUUUCCAAGGAAGUUAUGAUCUAUGGGGACUGCACCGAGAAGCCGAUAGUAGUCAAGUCACAGAUGUUAACCGACUUUGAUUCCUUAGUUGAUAUUGCCAAAGAGAAAGUGACUUUAAAAAGUCUUUCCGAGACGAAGAGUUCCAUUUAUAGAGCAAUUGAUGGAUUAGAAGAACAAGGGUCGACUGCACUUGGUCCAGCCUUGUUGGUCUCUUCUGUUAUAGCUGGCAAGCAGAAGAAUGGGAAAGUCAUUUUAUGCACUGAUGGGAUGGCAAAUGUAGGUAUUGGGAUAUUAGAGAAUGGUAUAGAUGAAGACAAGCUGUAUCCAAGAAUAUCAGAAUUGGCAAAGAGCUAUGGUGUAGUGAUCAACAUCAACACAUUAAGUGGGUGCAAUGCGGGAUUGAAAGACUUGGGAGAGUGUUCUGUAGCUACUGGCGGUGAAGUGUUAGUAGUUGAGCCAUCACAGAUAGAGACUGCGUUUGGUGAUGCCAUAGAUAAGGUGUUAAUAGCCAGUGAAGUCGUGAUAGGGAUCUAUUUACACCCCGCUGUAUGUAUCGACAUGGAACAAAAUUCUGAGAGUCCAAGUCGGAAGAAUGUGAGUUAUGGGAAUGUGACAGAUGGGUCAAUUUAUCAGUUUAAGUAUGCUUUAAGAAGAGAAGAAGAUAUCAAAGUCUUUGGAGAAAUUAAGAACUUCCCCGUGCAAGUCCAAGUCAAAUACAAGAAGACAAAUGGGAUGAAAGGAAUUCGAGUGAUAAGUAAGACAAUAGAAGUCGCAGACGAAAAAGAAAAGGAUGAAUUAAACGGGGAAGUACUUCAGACAUAUUAUAUCAGAGAAGCUUCAAGACAACAAGCCCAAGGAAAUGUUUUUCAAGCUCGACAAAACCUUUCAAACUUCAGAAUGGCCCAACAAGUCUCAACUCAGACAAUGCAAACACCUUACAUGGAAUUCGCAAACACAAUGGAAUAUAACUUUACACAUAAUACUGGCGAUAUGAGUAGUGCAGUGCGACAACAAGCUGCUCAAAUCAAUCCAGCCAAUGUUAGGAGAUACAAUGAAUAUGCAAAGAAAAAGUAA